GCGCCUUACCUGCUACCUACGUCCACCAUGAGCUCUUCGGUCCCGACGAAGGAUCUUGCCUUGAUCCCCAUUCCUCGACGACUCUGCUACGAUCCAGCACAGCCGUUUUCUGAAUUUGGUAUUGCCCUUAAUCUGUUUUUCGCGUUUGCGUGCACUUUCGUUGUGGCGAAUCUGUAUUACUGUCAACCAUUGCUAAUUCAAUUAUCUCAGUCUUUUGGUGUCUCGUAUCUUGAUUCGUCGAGGGUGCCUACCAUUCUCCAAGCUGGAUACGUCACAGGCCUCUUCUUCCUCGCUCCUCUAGGCGACCUUAUUAGACGCCGUCAACUGAUUCUCGCAUUCCUCCUCUGUUCCACCGUUCUUACGCUUUCUCUCGCUCUCGUCCGCAACUGGACUGUUUUCCUAGCACUCUCCUUCCUGGCAGGCACAGUCAAUGUUGUGCCACAAAUUCUCGUUCCUCUAACAGCGGACGUGGCUCCUCCCUCCCAACGUCACUUCUGCAUAUCCAUUGUUGUCUCUGGGUUAAUCAUGGGGAUCUUGGUGGCGCGGCUCUUCGCAGGGAUCAUAGCCCAAUACACAGAUUGGCGAUCAGUGUAUUACUUUGCUGUGGGCAUGCAGACAGUGGUGCUGGUGGGCUCUUACACAACGAUCCCGGAUUAUCCAGCGAAGAAUGGGGGCGACCUGGCGUAUUGGGAGCUUUUGUGGUCAAUGAUGAAGUUCGCAGUCGGAGAGCCGUUGUUGAUUCAGGCAUGUCUUGUGAACUUUCUCUCCGCGGCAGGAUUCUCGAAUUUUUGGGUCACGCUGACCUUCCUGCUGGGUGGUCCGCCAUAUAAUUAUUCUACCCUGAUAGUGGGGCUUUUUGGGCUCAUAGGAAUAUCCGGUGUCUGUAUGACGCCACUUGGUGGUCUGCUAUUUGAUAGGAUGAAUCCGUGGUAUAGCUCGGUCCUUGGCUCUGUGCUUUAUGCUUGUUUUCAGGCACUCUUGGUGGGCGCGGCCGGAAUCCACAUUGCUCCUGUCAUUUUGGCUACUGUAGGCAUAGAUGUCUUUUGCCGGAUUUUGCAAGUCUCGCUUCAAAUGUUAAUAUUCACUAUUUCGGCAGAUGCCAGUACUCGACUAAAUGCCCUGUUCCUAAUAUCUCUCUUCUUUGGCCAAGUGAUGGGCACAGAUGUCGGUUCACGCGUUUUCUUGACCGCGGGAUGGAGAGCUGGAGCAGGUUUAUCAUUGGGCUGGACUGGUGUUUGCCUUCUGUUACUUCUCGUGCGUGGACCACAUUGUGAGCGCAGCACCUGGCUUGGAUACGAAGGCGGGUUUGGAAUGGGAAAGACGGUCGAACAGAUACGUGAGGACUCGGAGACUGGAGAGAAAGGAAGCCCCUCAGGAGAUAACGUGCAAACAUCAGAGGCUACAUAUAUUUCGUAGAUUUCUCGCCGUUUAUGCCAGACGUGGAGAUAUAUCAGGCGAUCCCGAGUGCAGGAGCAAAGAUAUCAGAUAGAAUGAACUCUGGGGCAUCUGCCAUGUUCACAGUCGAUAUGUAGAAGCAACGUUUGAAAGAUGAAGACAGUCGGGCCGUUGUCCGAAGGAGUUUCGAUUUUGAAAUUUCCCGCUGCCUUCAUCAGGAUAUUGCAGGAUCAGGACAGCCCUCUCUGUGCUUGAGAUUAUUCUUUUUGAGCAUCCACUCAUACCUUACAAUUCAAAAUACACAACUCAAACUCCAAAGAAUAUUGAAUGGAUAAGGCAUAACGCAACUGCUAUUUUUCGUCUUCGACAGGACAAUUCACG